AUGAAGGACAUUAUAAUGCAUUCUGAGGUAGAUAAAGAUAACCUGAUGACUGCCAAAUAAAAAAUUUUCGCAAUUGGACGCUAAAAGGUUUGGUAAUAGAGACCGGCUCAAGAUAAUUAACUGAUAGUGUUUUGUUGUAAAACAUGUCCAUGAAGGAAACGCCAAAAAUAACAGUUCACUUCACACGCCAAACUGAUCUUUCGGCAAAACGUCUAUCAGUGACAUCUAAAAUAAACUUGCCGUAUUCUGAAUAGUUGCAAGACAGAGUUGAUUUAAUUUAGUUUCUGCGAGUAAAGUCCUGGUGAAACGGUCAGAAAGCUGUCCAAAGCGUCCACUUGUACGUCCAUGAUCAUUUUCAAUUGUAUAUUACGUCCGCAGAAAAAAAAAGACCGUCGAAAUUUUGCACACGCAUGCAGCUAAUACGAACCUCUACACCUCUAUAGUUGUCAUAUUUUUCGUACUGGCGUCGUGUUUACUGUACAGCUAAUGUUCCAAACUGUUCAUCCACCUUAAGUUCCACCUUUCUCAAACCUCUUACCCUGUAUUUUGGGAGUGGAAGCCUCAGUUUGUGUAUAUGGAAGCAAACAGAUGCGUAAAAGGGGUGUAAGGUCAGUGAUUAGAAAUAAACACCGUCUUGACAAGUUUACUUAAGAGGCUAAGGUAUCUUUUCAAAACUGAUUAAAAAGGAAACAAUAACAAAAGCUCAAAAGGCUUCGUUCGCUUCUGUGGCUCUUGACUGAAUAACCUGGUGAAUAACUUGCCCUUCAAAUAGCAUGUUUCACUGCAAUCAGCUUUAGUACCACAGUGCCUCCACUGUUUGCUGAUUUUCUAUUGUAGUCAAUCAAUUAGUUGGAUAUGUCAAUCUAAAAGUUUGUUGUGAACUUUACAUGUUUCUCAAUUGGACAACAAAUGGCUUGCAUCGCGGUCACGUGUUAGCGCUACGUGCUUUACAACUGAAAGGCUCACAAAAGCGACGCGCAGUUUCUCUUUCACUUCCAGCGCCGGACAGGACCACAAUAGCUUGUAUCUUCUUUUAGUGCCCAAGAUUGAAGACCUGGAAAAGGAAAAUGUUCUUCAACUCGAGCGUAUUAUUGUACAUUUUAAACAACGAUUCCUCAGUAACGAAUGGUGUUCGUAAUAACAGCGCACAAGAUUGCCUGCCACACUCUUCCACGGGGGAAACUGUUUUGAAAUCCCUGGCUUAUUUCGUCAUUCUAAUACUGUCUUUGAUCGGUAAUGGCUGCAUUCUCCUGGUCAUAUACAAAAACAAAAACCUGAGAAGGAACAUCAACUUUUUUGUCCUCAAUAUGGCCGUGUCUGAUCUCUUCAACCCGUUGACAAUCAUGCCCGUUCAUCUUGUCAUGAUCAUUUCAGGAUCUCCGUCCUGGAGGGUGCACAACCCAUGGAUACUGGGAAACAUCUUAUGCAAGCUCUGCUACUUUCUUCCUGAUGUUUCCCUCACUGUUUCUAUCGAGAGUCUGCUGUUGAUAUCAGUGGACAGGUUCAUCGCUGUGGUUUUUCCGUUGAAGGCAAGACUCUUCUCAACGAAAGUGCAUUUGAUCUGUAUUGGCUGUACAUGGAUAAUCGCCAUUGCAGUCCACGCACCUUAUUUUUACACUUUCAGGCUGCUCCCCUACGGCAAUGAGUCAUAUCAGUGUAGCGUAAGUUGGGAACCUGCAUUUGACCACACAGAGACACACAAGAGAUUCGUCACGGCAACUUUCAUCACUUUCGUCCUCGUGCCAAUCUGCAUCUUAACAAUCGUGUAUGGCACUAUAGCGUGGACUCUUAAGGCAGAAAGCAAGAAGAUGCAACAGGAGUUGUGUAAUCAUCAAACGAGACUCAGCCAACAAAGCAGGAAAAUUGUACGUAGUUCAGUUGUUAUUAUAACCGCUUUCGGUCUGUGUAUGAUCACACAGCUUGUUUCCGUGCUUACCCGUGUGUUCGUGUGGAACUGGAAAGAACCACCCAUUUGUGCAUUUCGCAAUGUGGUUCCAAUCAUUGCAACCUUUAUGUUGAACGCAUGGAGUGCAGUAAAUCCUUGUUUUUGUUUUAUAUUCAUUAAGAGUUAUCAGGUUACUCUAAGAAGAGUGCUUUGUUCCCGGCGUUCACCAGAAAACCACCCGAAGAGUUUAGAUCUUACCGUACAUCCCUCUACUUUCGCAAAUUCGAAAAUUCAUAGAUGCCGUUCAACAAGGGUUUGAAAACAAGGCACGACAACCGAUAGGUUAAUUAACUUAAUCGUGUUAUUCCAGUACAGUUUAUCGAUAAGAAGACUGAAGAAGAUAUUUUACAAACAAUGUAAACAUAACUGCCGUGCAAAACAUUUCUGUUGCUUUAACGCACUAAUGAUUAGUUUUACAGGCAUAUAAAUAAGCAAUAGCGUCCAUUUGGCGCGAAAAUAUGCACGGGUAGUUGUCUGCUGACAUUACCCGGCUGUUCCGAGAAGCGAGUGCAGCUCGAGAAAAGCUGCGAACUUGAGGAACAGGUUAUGUCCAAGGACAAAUAUCCGAGCAAACUUUCGCGCCAAAUGGAGGCUGUUGUGUUUAUAAUAUUCUUCAAAUGUUUUUCGGAUCAAAUAUAUAGUCACGUGACGCGAACGAAGAUGUUUGAUGGAUUAAUUAUAACAGUACAUAUUCUGUUCAAUCUGUUGAAUUUAUAUGUCUAUUCCGUCUGAAGUGGGAUGAGUCAAAUGAGAAGGAUAACAUUCUGCGACACUAGGUUAGUAAUGAUUGCAUGUGUGGCUUGAGUUAUUCCAAUCUUGCGGGAAUCUUGAAGUAAACUGUUUAUAAUAAAAUAUAGGGGAAAAAACACCAGCUAAUCGUUUUUUUAUUAAAAGUAAAAGGAAUUUCACACCAAAUGUUUUCUUGGACAGUAGUAUAACAGACGAAAAAAUGAAUAUUAAUAAACAUCAUAUUUUCACUUCGUUCCAUUUUCAGUCUCAAAUGGCUUUUCGUGCUCACUCUACAUGUAUGUGGCACAAGAUCGAACCUAAGAAGAGUUUUUGUUGAUGUUGUAGUUAGCAGGGUAAUUUCAUAUCAAGCUAACCAACACGGUAAAAAUUGGCGACCGUCGUUUCGACUUCCCUUUAUCCACACUAACCGGUGUUCUGAGUCUCCGACGAUGAUCCAAACGUACAAAGGCAAUUAUCACUCAAACUUGUUUUUUGAAAAAUUAUGCACAUAUCCGUAAAUGUAGUUGGCAAAAAACAAAAAUCUCACUUGCCUCCUCUCCAUUAUCUGCCGCCAUGUUUAACCCGUUUUCUCUGACUUAAGUCGAAGUUGAGGUUCAUGUAGUUUCGAUCAUGUCUUAGAAAUUCGAUGCAUACUUCGUUCCAUAUCUUUCCUUUCUUCUCAAGUUGUUCUGUUACUCGUUUGGCUACAAUCUUGGUCUUUGUUUGCUCUCGGUAAGACACAUUGAGGCUGCAGUCACGCCAGUCAACAAGAGUAUAACAUUUAUAAAGAAUAAUGUCGAUGCUUUGUACUAAGUCACUUUGCCGUUCCUCGUG